AUGGCUCCAACCAACCUUCUCGCCGGCAAGACCGCCAUCAUCACUGGGGGUACCACCGGUAUAGGACGUGCCAUCUGUCUUGAAUACCUCAAACAAGGAGCCGAUGUGGUCGUCAACCACCUGGGCCUUGAGAAGGACCAACCUCAUCUCGAUUCUCUCGAAUCCGAGGCAGCUUCUUUGAGAACGGCGAACCCCAACGCCGGACGCUUCGCUCAUCAAGUGGGUGACGUUCGCGAGCCCGAGACCGCCGCCCAGCUGGUGGCUCUCGCUGUUAAGCACUCGGGCAACGGCCGCCUCGACGUCUGUGUCUCUAACGCUGGCAUCUGCACCUUUGCCGAGUUUCUCGACUUGACGCCAGACCUCUUUACCAAAACUGUCCGCACCAACCUCGACGGUGCUUUCUAUGUCGUACAAGCUGCUGCUCGCCAGAUGAGCCAGCAGUCGCCCCCGGGAGGCAGCAUCAUAGGCAUUUCAUCCAUUUCUGCCCUCGUCGGUGGCGGUCUGCAAACACAUUACACUCCCACCAAGGCCGGUGUCCUCAGUUUGAUGCAGAGCACCGCUGUUGCUCUGGGCAAGCAUAAAAUUCGCUGCAACGCGUUGCUCCCUGGCACCAUCAAGACCCAGCUGAACGAUGAAGAUCUCUCAGAUGAUGCCAAGCGCACAUACAUGGAGUCCCGCAUUCCUCUGGGCCGCACCGGAGUGCCGUCCGACCUUGCCGGCCCGGCCGUCUUCUUGGCCUGUGAAGAGCUCAGCGGUUAUGUUACCGGUGCACAGUUACUCGUUGAUGGCGGCCUCUUCGUCAACCUUCAAUAA